AUGAUUUAAAAUAAUUCAUUCUGCCCAGUUCAUAUGAAUAAGCAAAUAACUCAUAUAUGCAUAGCAAAUCAUAAAUGUUAGAGAAAGGUAUGUGGAGUGUGUAAGCACGAGAAAUAUGCAAAUAAAAAUGAAAUUAUUUUAUUAGAGGAUUUUUGUGAAAGAUUAAAAACAAAAGCUAAUAGUUUGAUUUAAAAUGAUUAAGAUUCUGCUUUUAUAUCUUUAAGGAUGAGUUAUAAAUUAAUGCUUGGAUAAAUAGAAAAAUAAAUUAAGGCUAUUUUAGAAGAAUUCAAUUAGUAGAUUAUAUUAAUGUUUGAUGAAAUAAAAAAAAUAAAUGAUUAUUUAUUAGAAAUAAGUUAAAUUGAUGAUAAUAGAGUUCAUGAAUGUUCAUAAACUGAUUUAAUAAAUUUUAUUGAAAUUAUUUCAGGAUAAUAUUUGGAUUUAUAGAAUUAAAAAAUUGAAUCUAAAAUAAAUUUAUUAAAAUCAACUAAAUAAAAUGCUGAUAAUGAAUUUUCUAAUUUUUAUCAUAAAUUAGUAAAUAUUUUAUCAGAAUUAAAGUAAAUUUAAUAAUUCUAUAAGUAAGAGGUUGUAAAAAAUCAAAAUUUGAAAUAAUUUAAGAAGAUAUAUGGUAAAUAGGUGUUUUUGAAGAGAAAGGUAUUUAGAGAUUUUAUGAUAAUUUAUAAAAAACAAAAUUUAUUGUAGAAUAUACAUCUAUGGGAUAAAUUAAAUACAUAAAAGAUGGAAUUUGUUUAAAAAUGUAAAUAAUUACUUAAAUAAAAUAGUGAAAAUGUAACUGAUUCAAAGAGGAAAAAGGAUAUUAUAAGAAAUUUAGAAUAAAUUUAGCAUUUGAAAUUUGAAGGAUAAUAUAGAAAUGGUUUAAGAUUUGGGAAAUGGAAUUAUAUUUGGAAAGGGUUAAAUUUAACUAUGGGUGGAUAUUAUGAUAAUUAAGGUUAAAAAAAAGGAAUGUGGAUGGAAUUAUUUGAAAACUAUUGGGAGUAUUUAUAUAAUUUAAUUAAUUAGGAAAUCUUAAAUAACAUUUUAAGGAAUAUAUAAGAAUGGAUAAAGAUUUGAUAAAUGGGAUUAUAAAUAUCUGAAUGAAACUGUGUAUAUUAUAUCGAUAUAUAUUUAAGUGGUGGAGGUGUAUAUGAUGAAUUUGGAAUAAAAAAUGGAUGUUGGAUAGAAUUAUAUGAAAAAUUCAACAGGUUUUUAUUAAAAUUAAAUUUAAGUGAUUGUUAAGUUAAAUUUGAAGGAAAAUAUUAUAAUGGGUAGAAAGUAUAAAAAUGGGAUAUAAUUUUAAAUGGCAAUAUUAUGUGAUAAUUUAUUGAAAUAAUUUAUAUAGUGGAGGCGGUAAAUAUGAUGAGAAUGAAACUAAAUAAGGAGCAUGGAUUGAUUUAUUUGAUAAUUUUUCAAAGUAAAAAUAUUUGUAUUUAUUUUUAAGUCGUUCUGAAGUUACUGAAAUAGGAGAAUAUUAAAAUGGAUAUAGAUUUGGAAAAUGGCAAAUAGUUUAUUCAAGUUAAUAAAUGUUUAAAUAUUAUUAUUUUUUAAAGUGGUGGAGGAAGUUAUGAUAAAAAUUAAAUAAAAAUA